AUGACUUUUUCUCGUAUGGAGGCCGCCAUGGAAGAUGCUUUUGUAGAAUGGUUCAAUACAUUCGAAUGCAAAUCUCAUCCUAUUGAUACUGUAGUUGAACUGGCUGACGGAGUGGUAUUAUCGGAUAUUCUUACUGACGUAGAUGGCAAAUGGUUCAAACAGAUACCAAAUCAAACGGAUACACAAUUGACCUGGGUACAUCGUCUCAAUAACCAAAAAAUUGUUUAUAAACUCAUAACGCGAUACUUUGAAGAAGUCUUGGGGCAGGACCCUGAACUACUUCCUCCUGUGGACUUGAAUGCUAUUGCCAAGGAUGCUGAUCUUCACCAACUCUUGCUCAUGUGUCAAAUGGUUAUUGCUAUUGCUGUUCAGUCUGAUAACAACCAUAUGUAUAUCGAAAUGAUUCAAAGCUUAUCCCAAAAAAGUCAACACGCUCUUAUGGUGUCUAUCGAAGAAAUUAUGAAUCAUUUCAAUAUUGAUGAUAUCAAUCCUCGAUCUUCUCAACUCUCAGGAACAUCUGGUACCACUACAUCUAGAAGUUUUUAUACAGAUAGCGAUCUUCCCCUCAAAACUCAACUGGAACUGGAUAAGCUUUUAUUAGAAAGGAAACAAUUUGAAGCUACACAUACACAACUAUUGAACGAUUAUGAUGAUUUACGUGAAAGAUUUGUAAGUUUGAUUAAAAAGAAAACAAAAUUAUUCUAUACUAAGGCUUUAUUAUUAUUAUUAUUAUUAUUAUUAUUAUUAUUAUUAUUAUUAUUAUUAUUAUUAUUAUUAUUAUUAUUAUUAUUAUUAUUAUUAUUAUUAUUAUUAUUAUUAUUAUUAUUAUUAUUAUUAUUAUUAUUAUUAUUAUUAUUAUUAUUAUUAUUAUUAUUAUUAUUAUUAUUAUUAUUAUUAUUAUUAUUAUUAUUAUUAUUAUUAUUAUUAUUAUUAUUAUUAUUAUUAUUAGGAAGAUAUAUUGGAUGA